CAAUAUACAAGGAAUUUCUACAUAUUUGUUCGCAUUUGUUGUCGCCUCGCAGGAGUAUUCAUUCCCUCUCAAGUCACACGUGAUGGAAGCAUUUGUGGGAAUUCUCGUAGAUACUUUGAAUUCCAUGAUCCAGAAGGAGCGUGGAUUGCUUUGUGGUGUUGCAACUGACAUGCAAAAGCUUUCACGCUUGCUCUCCACCAUCAAGGCAGUCCUUGAAGAUGCAGAGCAGAAGCAAUUCAUAGAAAAGGCGAUACAACUCUGGUUUAAGGAGCUCAAUGUUGUUGCCUGUGAAAUCGAUGAUGUAUUGGAUGAUUACGCAGCUGAAGCCUCAAGAGUCAAGUACAAAAAGUCUGGUUGUUUAAGUUUUAUGUGUUACCCUGUAGCAGGAAACUUAGUGUUUCGUCACAGGAUUGGGACAAGGAUGAAGGAGAUCCUUGAAAAAUUUAAUGCAAUUGCUGAUGAGCGAAAAGAUCUUGGUUUGAGUGAUCAGAAGCGUGGGACCUAUUUCAAUGCAAGCCGUGAGACUGGAUCCACAGUAAAUGAACCUGAAGUUCUUGGAAGGGACGAGGAAAAAGGGCAGAUUGUAGACAUCUUGAUGAAAGAAAAGGAUAGAGAUGAUCAGAAUGUAUCAGUGCUCCCUAUAGUGGGUGUUGGAGGCCUUGGAAAGACAACACUUGCCCAAUUGGUGUUCAAUGAUGAACGCAUAGCCAAGCAUUUUGAGCCAAAACUCUGGGUUUGGGUUUCAGGGGAUUUCGAUGGGAAGAGGAUUAUAAAAGCCUUAAUUAAUUCUAUACAAAGGACUCCUACUGGAGAAUUAGAAUUGGCUCCUCUCCAAAGAAAUCUUCAAGAGUUGUUGAGAGGAAAACGAUACUUGAUUGUACUAGAUGAUGUCUGGAAUGAGGAUCCAGAGGAAUGGGAGAAACUGAAAUCUGUUCUGGAAUGCGGAUCAAAAGGUAGUUCAAUUGUCACGACAACUCGCAUGGAGAAGGUUGCCACAAUAAUGGGCACAUUAGAGACACAUCGUCUAUUGAGUUUGUCAGACGAUCAGUGUUGGUCACUGUUCAGGCAACGGGCAUUUGGCCGUCAAGAGGCUGAAGAAUAUCCUAACCUUGUAGUUAUCGGAAAAGAGAUUGUGAACAAAUGUGGUGGUGUUCCGCUGGCUGCAAAGGCUCUUGGAGGCUUUCUGCAAUUUAAGAGAGAAGAAACCGAAUGGAACUUUGUGAAAUGCAGUGAAAUUUGGAACUUACCUCAAGAUAUCUUGCCUGCGUUGAGAUUGAGCUACCUUAAUCUUCCGGUAGAGUUGAGAGGUUGUUUUGCACAUUGUGCAGUGUUUCCCAAGGGAUCUAAAAUGAAAAAAGAAGAGGUAAUACGUUUGUGGAUGGCAAAUGGAUUGAUUUCAUCUAAUGGAAUGAAGGAAGUGGAAGAUGUUGGUGAUGCUGUGCUGACUGAACUACAUUAUAGAUCACUAUUCCAAGCAGUGAAGAAAGAUGAUUUUGGCAGUGUUCUCACUUUUAAGAUGCAUGACCUUGUCCAUGAUCUGGCUCAAUCAGUAAUGGAGGCUAAACACGGUGGAACAGAGUCAAACAGAACCAUGAUGUUGGAUUUGCCGAAUAAUCGGCUAACAAUGGCUUUUCCUAUUACAAUCACAGGCAUUGACCAGUUUUCUUCUUUCUUGUCAAAAUAUGGUUCCCUGAGGGCACUCAUUGUAAGGUCACCGUGCGUAAGCAAAAAGUUUACACUGCCACCUGCAGAGGUGCUGGAGUUUGACUCACAUGCCAAGUGGAAUUGGGAAGCUGACUUGCCUGCGGACGUUGAGUAUGGUCGUCCUGAGUGGCAAAAAAGGCUUCCAACUAAUCUCCACGAGUUGUAUUUGCAUUGGGAUUCCGAAAGAACGAUUCAACGGUACAAUGAUGUGGAGGUGCUCGAAGCCCUCAAACCCCCGCCCAACCUUCAAUCUCUGGACAUAAGAGGCUUCAAAGGUUCUUCAUCAUUUCCAUCUUGGAUUUCAACUGUAACAAAAGUUUUGGUGUGGGAAAGUGCAGCGGAGUGCAUAGUUGGGGCCCAGGAGAGUACCGUCACUGCUGCUGCAAUGUCCCCAUAUUCGUUGAAACAGUUGAAGUUAUCGCGGAUGCCCAACCUAAAAGGAAUGUUAGAAAGAGAAGUCCAAGGUACUCCAGGGGUGUUCUCUCAACUUCAAUCCUUGUCCUUUAGGGAUUGCCCAACGUUGACAUUGCCAUUGCCACGUAUGCCGUCCCUGAAGGAGUUACAUAUCGGGCAGUGCCCGAACAUGGCAUGGGCUUCAAUCUCCAAUCUCACUAGUCUUAACUCCCUUACAAUUAGUUACACUGAACGAUUGAGUUGUUUUCCAGAAGAGAUGCUACAAAAUCUUAGUCUUCUUGAAUCGCUGGAUCUUUGGCAUUUGCAUGAUAUCCGAGCCUUACGCAGAAGCUUGGCUAGCCUCACGGCUUUGAAGAAGUUGACCAUCAAGCACUCUAACAAGCUGGAGUUUCUGCCACAAGAAGCUUCUUUGCAGGAACUCCAUUUGGUCAGAAUCGAUAAAUUCGUGAGCCUCUCAAUGGGGACUAAAGCCCUCAAAUCCCUGACUCAUCUAACCCUCGACUGGUCAUACAAGACAGCUCUGCCAGAGGAAGUCAAAUAUUUCACCGCGCUACAAAAAUUGGUGCUGGAGGAUUUUUGGAAUCUAACUUCAUUGCCAGACUGGUUUGGAGACAACCUCACUUCUCUUCAACACCUGAGACUACGCAAUUGUCUGAAGCUUGAAACACUUCCAUCCAGCAUUCAAAAGAUGACGACACUCCAAAGUUUGACUACAACUGACUGCCGCCUACUGGAACCACGGUGUGAAAGGGGAGGAGAGGAAUGGCACAAAAUUAAGCAUAUCCCGGACCUGAAGAUUCGGUAUUACAAUUAA